AUGAAGAAUGACAAGAAGACUUCUAACAACUACGAGAAACAACUUCGCAGUGCAAGAAAUGGAAAGAUGAAGGCUACCACAGUUCCUGGCAGCAACUCUGAUGAGUUGGCGCCUCCUUCGUCCAUUGGAGGCACUGGUGGUCAACAAUCUUCCGGAUUGAAACGUAAUCAUGCAGCAUCAUUGGAACUUGGACUCGAAGGCGAAGAAUCAGCUCAAGGACAAGAGCCAAAGCGGGCAAAGACAGAUGAUUGGUUUGAGCAAUACAUGGCAAGCGAGAUCAAUGAUCUAGGCCUCAACACUACUGAUACCUUUGAUGCAUUGAUUCCCAGCAGGGCAAGUGGCCCUGGUGAACCUUUGUCUUCAACCUCCUUGCACCCGGCCCUUGCAACCACUACAAACAUCAUUUCACAUACCUCUGCUCCUCGUAAAUGUGUGUUUUCUGCGGUUCCUGCUGUCACCUUCAACCCAUGGGAGGAUUGA